CUGCAUGUAAAUAUCUAGAGAAACGGGACAUCGAAUUUACCUUUCUAAAGAGGAGCAGGAUGGGGCAGAGUUAUGCAAAGAAUCAUACAGCUGCACUACACAUUGCUGUGUUCAACAACUGCACUGAGAUUGUUAAAAUACUGAUUGAUGCAGGUUGUGACCUGGGCUUGUUUGAUUAUCGGCUGCAAACAGUUUUGCACAUAGCAGCAGAACACGGAUACCAGAACAUAGCUGAACUGAUCCUCCUGGCUGGAGUUAACCUCGAACUACUCGACAAGCAGAAAAAGACAUCAUUGGACAUUGCAGCUAGAAGCAAUCAUGUAAACGUGGUAGACAUGAUUAUCAAAGCUGAUCAAUUUCACAAAUGGAAACAGGACUGUGAUGCUGAAUCCUUUGGGAUAAGGAAUGUGACCUUUAAACAGGAUCACAGGACAGAGACGCAGCACAUCCGCUCUAUUUUAUGGAAGUUAGCCACAAAAUAUCUAAAACCUGGAGAGUGGAAGACACUGGCACAACACUGGCACUUUACAGAUGCACAAAUCCGAGCCAUAGAACAGCAGUGGACAGAAUAA